UCUCGGAGCUGAACUCAUAAACCAAUGUGAGUCAGUUUAGCUUCUCUAAGUCAGAGUGCAGAGGUUACUGAAGACAGACACAGAUGAGGAGCAGUUCAUGGAGUAACGCGGUACUGACGCCUUCCCACGGUGGACAAGUGCAUUAAAACGGUUUUAAAAGACCCUGUUUUAGUCGAGUGACCGCUUUCCUGUGAGCACCAACAUGGCAUCAUCAAAACUUUCAUCAUCAGAGAUUGACUACGAGGCGAUUCCAGCCAUAGCGCUGAACUUCAGCGUGAGAAAGAAGCUCGGACUUUACCUGAACCCUACAAACACGGUGGCCUCCGACUGGACGGACAUCGCCGAAAGGAUGGGCUUUACUUACCUGGAGAUAAAGAACUAUGAGAAGAGAGAAAGCCCCACUCAGAGACUGUUAGAUGAGUGGCAGACUCAGCCCGGCGCCACGGUGGGGAAGUUGUUGUCUUUUCUUGAAGAGGCUGAGAGGAAGGACAUUAUUUCAGACCUGAAAGACCUCAUAGAUGAGAACUGCAGGAAGUAUUUGGAGCAGCCUGUUCAAGUUCCAGUGGUGGAUAGUGGACACCAUGACCGAGGCAUCACAGUCAACGAUGGUCACGUGCCGGAGAUGUUUGAUGCUUUUAUUUGCUACUGCCAGAGUGACUUCCAGUUUGUGCAUGAGAUGAUCAAACAGCUGGAGCAGACGGAGUACAACCUGAAGCUGUGUGUGUUCGACCGGGAUGUGCUUCCUGGCACGUGCGUGUGGACCAUCACCAGCGAGCUUAUUGAGAAAAGGUGUAAGAGGAUGGUAGUGGUCAUAUCUGAUGACUACCUGGACAGCGAUGCCUGCGACUUCCAGACCAAGUUUGCUCUCAGUCUUUGUCCAGGGGCUCGUACCAAACGGCUGAUCCCUGUGAUAUACAAGCCUAUGAAGAGGCCAUUUCCCAGCAUUCUUCGCUUCCUGACUGUCUGUGACUACACCAGGCCAUGUACGCAGAGCUGGUUCUGGACUCGAUUGGCCAAGGCCCUGUCUGCCACCUAAGCACCACAAAUGCUUUGCGUUCAGCUCAGUGACUGCCAGAGAAUUGGGGUUUGAUUGUCAUGUUGUUUACAUGCAAGACUUUUCACGGAUGUCUUACCUAGCCAGAAUUCUGAACAUUGUUAUAUUUCAAUGUAAACUAGAGUAGAUUUUCACUUUUAGAGCCCUGCAUUAUCAGCUGCAGUUCAGCAAUAACAUGCCUGUUUCAUACCUGUUUAAAUACAGUUGUAGACAAUAUCCAAAUACUAUCUAGACUGUCAGAAUGAAUGGGUUAUUUAAUAAGCUUAAAAGGAACCUGUGUUCCCGGUGGUUUUUGUGUAGAAAAACACAAACACACUUAAAGUACAGUUUGUUUGUAAUGUGGCUAAAACAUGGAUUUAUGCAAGUGGAACAAAAGUUCUACAGAAAUAAAUAACGGAAAAACUAGAUCACAGUAAAGGGAACAAAAAGGAAAACUAAGAAUGAUUUUUUUUUUUAGCAGAACAUAAUCCAAAGCAGGAACACAGUCACUUUCAGCUGUUCCAGAAUGAACACAGUAUUUUUUACAAAGUACUUUCAUGUUUUCAACAGCGGUGGACAAACUGCUUACCCAAAAGUAAAGACUUCCUUUGUACAAUUUUAAAAAAGCAAUAUAACGACUAACGACUAUAAGAAAUUUUUCAGAAAUUAAAAAAAUGUGGAACUACCCUUUAACUUAAUGUAUUAGAGUGAAAGUUAAAGUCUCAAAACAUGAAAAUACUUCAUGAAAAUACAGAUACUUAUACAGGUACUUAAGUACAGUAACGAAAUACUGCCACCACUGCUUUUUCAAGGAUGUAGGCUGGAUUCCAUCCAAGGCAGGUCCAAUCCUGAGGGGAAUAUAUUGGCAGUAGUGCUAAGUAGGCCAAAGUUCAUGCAUACUGUUACAUUACACGUUACUGUCUGAAUAGCCUUCUUAUCAGUGUAAUUUUGUCAUUUUCAUAUUUCAAAAAAUGAACCAAAAUGAAACAAUUUAUUUCCAACUCCUGAUUUUAAAGCGCCCAUAUCAUGGACGUUCUCAAAGUUUUCUUCACCUCUUUGAAUUUGCAGUCUGAUGCAGCAUGUAAACAUUAUUAUGUUCAAAAUGUACCAGUCCGCAUAUUUUACAUGUGGGGAAAUACACUGCAACACUGCUACUGUUUCUAUAAUCUCACAAAAAACAACACAUUUCCAUUAUAGCCCACAGCUGUUUUGCACCACUUAUUCACCUUAAGGUUAUAAGACGUGUUUCAGUCUGAGCUGCUUUUUGAAUGAUGUGCAAUAGAGGUCGGCCAGUUAUUUACACAUAUGACCUCAUUUACAUAUCAGUUUUAAAGGCACAGUAACAAAAUCAGCAUGUUUAAUUCUGUAGGGUAGAGAGGGUGAAAAUGGUCAUGCAAACGUGACCUCUGACUACAUGAAACCACACAAAUGUUCAUAGUGGACCGUAGAAUAUAAACAAAACGUAGGUUACUGAGUGAGUGCAGUAUUCAUAACUAUCCUGUUUCUCCCAACAUUGAUUUAUAGGGAGCUUGGGCUGCUACAGUUUUACUAUUAUGGCAUUUCACAUGUUUCUGUUAAUCACAGUCAUUGAUCUGGAACUUCAUUACAUCAUCACUAGCAGCUGCACUAAUAUUGUGUAAAUAAUUUCAUGAUGAAUAAAUAAUAGAAAUACUCCAUAGUCACUUGGAAUAACACUUCCUUGCACCAACCUAAUUAAAAGUUAAGACCUUUUGUGCCUUUUCCUGCAAAAUGACCAUUUGUCUUGGUCAGAGAUGAUAUACCAAGCAAUGCUUGUAUAUACUGAGCAAUGAGGGAUGCAUCUUAUAACAUUUUCCCAUUUGAGCACUGUGAAAAUGUGAAUUAUCACAACUCUUGUUACCAAAGAAUGCCGCUUGUAUUUAUGAGUCUAGCUGUAAAUAAAGCAAAAACACCAGUUCACACAUUCAUUUUCCAUCUCAUUUCAACUUUAUUAAUGAUCUAGAGCUGAGAAUGAUGUGUUGCUAUGCUCUAUUAGAACAUACUGUGCACUAUUUUUAAGUACUGUUUUUACUUUACAUGAGAGAGAAAUGUUCUGUACCAUUCAUUUGUAAACAAUUCCUGUGAAAUUAUGUUUCUGUUUAAAUUAUAUCCUUAAUAAAACAUUUGCUGUAAACACA